AUGGAGGUGGCGGCCGUCCAGAUUAUCAGAAUCGCAGCUAUUUGCGGGUCCCUUCGUCAAGGGUCGUUCAAUCGCGGCCUCAUCAGUUCUGCGCUGGAUUUGAGUAAGCAAGUGGUGAGCGGGAUGGAGAUCGAGUACGUGGAGAUAUCCCCUCUGCCGAUGCUGAACACCGAUCUGGAAGGACCCGGUGGCAGUUUCCCCGACGCGGUUGAUGCUUUCCGUCAGAAAAUCAGGGAAGCCGACGCCGUACUCUUCGCGUCUCCGGAGUACAAUUACUCUGUCUCUGCGCCACUGAAGAAUGCAAUUGAUUGGGCGUCGAGAACUCCCAACUGCUGGGGUGGCAAGGCUGCUGCAAUUGUGAGUGCCGGGGGUGGUUUUGGCGGUGGGAGAUCACAUUACCAUCUUCGCCAGAUUGGUGUCUACCUUGACCUCCAUUUCAUCAACAAACCCGAGUUCUUCUUGAACGCAUUCGCUCCUCCUGCCAAAUUCGACAGCAACGGCAACUUGAUUGAUGCGGAGGCCACAGAAAAACUCAAAGAUGUGCUGCUCAGCCUUCGUAGUCACGCUCUUCGCCUCAAGGGUAGCUGA